AUGGAUAUGGGGGAAAAUGGUGCAGACAAGAGGUCAGAGGUCAGCACCAUCUCCUACUCUGGAUGCGCAGCACAGCUAUUUCUGUAUGUCUUCUUCAUUGGAACAGAGUUUUCUCUCCUGACUGUCAUGUGCUACGACCGCUAUGUGUCCAUCUGCAAACCCCUGCACUACGGGACCAUGGUUUUUUCCUAUGUGCAGAUCUUCAGGGCUGUGCUGGGGAUCCCCUCUGAGCAGGGACGCCACAAAGCCUUUUCCACCUGCCUCUCUCACCUGACUGUGGUCUCCCUGUUUUGUCCGUUCUGUACUUAG